UGCGUUUGUCUUCCACGAAGAGGAAUCAACUUCUAAACUUGAACCCCUGCACAGACGUUGAAUGGAGUGGGUUGUGGCAAGACUAUGGUCGUCCAGAUAUGAUACCAGUUCCGCUCGCGAACGGCACUUCGCCGAAUAUCCCAUGGCCCGUCGAGAUUUACCGCGAGACUGCGACGUCCAUUUGGAUCAAUUCAGCUACCUUUGAGCCUGCAGAUGCCAAUAAUGGUACCUUUGAGUCACCGGUUGUAUACAAGAUCGCCAACGCAUCGAUGCCCGCUAUUGCCACUAUUGGAAUGACAGAGGACGAUUCCUUUACCACCGAGAUCUCUUUCAAGCAGGCUUCUGACGGCGGCGAUAUCAUGAAACAGCCCUUGUUUGCCUACCCCUAUGACGAG